AUGUGUUAGAUGGAGGGAUCAGGCAGUCCUCGUGUCAGAAAGCUCCAUUUCCCAGUGGGUCUUUGGAUUAAUUCCCCCAGGAAGCAUUUUGCAAAGCUGGGGCGUCGCUGGCCGAGUGCUGUCUCUGUCAAGUCAACCACCAGCUCUGACGCAGCCUCCCUUCACGAGGCCCCCUCCGCUCCUUCCUCUUCCCUUUCAAACUCCACUCCCUCCCUGGCUUCCCCCGCCCCAUCGCCAUCUCCUUCCCCGGCCUUCCUCAGGCCGCGACCUGCCGGGCCCCAGUCGCGCACCAAGCGCCUUUCUCAUCUCUUCCUGCGGGGGCGCUCUAACAGCGACCGGGACCGGGCGGUGGGGGAGAGGGAGAGGGAGCUUUGGGCCCACUCGGCCGCCUCCUCCUCCCACCAUUACGUGCCCCCUACCUCUUCCUCCGCUCCAGGACUGAUCAAGAUCUACGGGGAUGCUCUCUCCAGUGGAGCGAACUAUCGCUCCCUGCUGGCCAACAUUCACUCCACAGCCAGGCAGCUCAUCGCUCAGGUCAUCACUCGCUACACCGAGAGAGAGAGGGAGGAGACUGAUGACGCAGUUCUCCAGAAGCACAGCCCAGAGGACUUCCUGUUGUGUGAUGUCAUCGGAAAGCCCAUCCAGCAGCCAGAUGGAGCUAUCAAGUGGGAGACGGAGUGUCGGAGAAGUGUUGCCCUGUGGGAAUGCCCCUUGUUGUUGGCGGACAUGUGGCGGCCCAAGGAUGGACUUGAGCGGCGCUUUGAAAUCCAGAGGAAGGAAGACUACGAAAGAAAGGAGAGGGAGCGGGAGAAGGAGCGGGAGAUGGACGGAGAGAGCUAUCAAGGUGUGCGCUGGAGGCGCAGCAGGAUGGCGUCAGGGGGCGGGGCAGAGGAGGUUGAGCGUGGCCACCGAGGAAGGAACACGGAGCUUAGGAGGAGCAUCAGCGACAUGAACCUCAGCCUGAGGCGCCGUCAAGGCAAUCACGUGACCAGCGACCCGCGCGGAAGUCGCAACAACGGAGUGGUACAGGACAGGAAAAACAUUGUGAGCAUGAUCAACCCGCAGCAGGGAGAGAUCAGAGCCUCCAAGGCGGAAGCGAAAGUUUGCUGGACGAAGCAGCCACCAGAGGAGGACAAGGACUACUCCAGCUGUGACCUGGAAAUGAUGUCACAAAGUCUGAUCCUUCCGCCUACCGACCGGCCCUACUUCCUGUUGCUGCAGGGUUACGAUCAGACCAAGGACUUUGUUUUGUACAUUAUGGCGGGACAUACGCAUGUGUUUGGGAGAAAGCCCACCAUGAGGGAGCGGGAGAAGGACAAAGACAGGGAGAGGAAGGGGAAGAAGCCCCUCAAGGUGGACACCUUCCUGUCUGCGCCUGACCUUUUGGCCAGACACUUACUCGUGAGAAGAGACUCUGCUGUUCCCGAGACCCCCACUGGGCGAGCCUUGAUGCGGCCUUUCCGAGGAGGCGCCGUCACCCACAACGGGGUGUGUCUUUACAGGGAAACCAUCCUCAAACCCGGGGAUGUCAUCGGCCUCGGGAACCACUUCCUUUUCUUGUACCGUGACCCCCGGGUGACCCCGGCUCCGCCGCUGGCCUUGACUUUGCCGUGGCACUCGGACGGCUCGCACCCCUGCUGCCCCUCGGGGUUGGUGGACAAGCAGGAGGCACUGAGGCAGUACCUCGGGAAGACGGAAUCUGUUCUCAAGUUCCAUCCUCGUCACGCUGACGCCUUGUUGCAGGAGAUACUAUCAAAAAAUUCUUCCCCUGACUCUGGAGGUGGGCCUUUGGCGCCGGCGUACCUUCUGUCAAUUAUGAUCGACCACGCCUCCAAGAACCUUGACCCGGCGCUCACGCCCCAGAUAUUGCUCAAGGCGGCCAAUCAGAUCAAAGAAAUCGUCUGGGAAAACAUCAAGGAAUUUGGGGAUAAGCAUCCCACGCAAAAUUCGACCGAGCAAGAAGCGGAGAUCAGCACCGCCAACGUCCAGAAGCUGUCGUCUGACCUUCGGCCGCUGAUGUUCUGGAUGUCCAAUGCCACGGAGCUCCUCAACUUCUUCCAGGUUAAAGUGGAAGCCAUGGAGAAAGAGUGGGAGUUUGAAGCCCCGGGUGAUCCAGUGCUGACGUCCGACAUGGACACAUGCUCUGAGGCUCUCGCUCAGCUGGAUGAUGUCAUCAUGCACACCUUCCAGCAGUGUGUCUACCACCUGACAAAGACCCUCUACUCCCUCCUUCCCGCCCUGCUGGACACCAACCCGUUCUCCAAUGAGGAGAAAGAGAAAGACAAAGGCGGGGCUAAAGGAGCGGAGGGGGCGGAGAAAGGAGAAGGGGAGGUGGAUGACGUCUCCGCCCUGCCGCCCAAAGUUGCCGGGCUGGUGGAGGUGUACCGCUCAUCCCUGAUGUUGUCCCGGGAAGCCUGCCUGUCGCCGCCGCUCACCUCCCAAACCUUCGGCUACCUCUUCUUCUUCACCAACACCUCCCUGCUCAACACCUUACUGGAAAGAGACGGACUCUUUUCCUGGUCCAGAGCGGUCCAGAUCCGUACAAACUUGGACUUGGUUCUGGAUUGGCUCCAAGGGGCGGGACUUGGGGACAUUGCCUCUGAGUUCACAAAGAAGUUGUCAGUCAUUGUCAACUUUUUGUGCAUUCCCAAAACCCGCCUCAUCCAGUCAUCGUGGGACACUUUACAGGAGGAUCACGCCUUGCUAAGCCCCGCCCAACUGCACCACCUGCUCACUCAUUACAAGCUGGGACCGAGCAGAGCCCCCCCAGCCUCCUGGGCCCCCCCGCCUGGCACCGAGUUAAGCGGAGACAUAUUCGAGAGCUUCCUGGACCACCCUCCUCUUAUCCUGCCCAACGAGACCCCUCGGCUCGACCUCUCCCAGCCCGUCCCAAGCGCCGAGCUCCAGAAGGAAGUCACCCGUCUUCGCACGUUCUUGUGGGGGCUGGACCAGGACGAGCUCCCUGCCAAUCAGAGGACUCGGCUUUGAGCGAUGAAGAUUUGUGGAUAUUCCAAAAAGCAGAAACGGGUGUUACUUUACAACAUUUCCAUAUCACUUCAUGUAUUCGUUUAGAUUUGAAGAUUCUCCAGUAAGUUGGAUGCUUUGGCUUUUCCAUAAUGUACCUUCAAGCCUUUGCACCAUGCAGUUUUACGCUUUACUUCAUUGUAUCGUACAUAAUUAAUAAAAAAUAUUCCUAAGUCAGCAAUUGCGCUCUUUGGCACAUUUCUUUCACGGUAUUACAAGUGUAACAAGAAGUUAACCGCUAUGUAGUAGAAGAGUUUGGUGAAGUCGACGUGAUGAACCGCACUGUAAUACAGCCAUCCCUC